ACAGGAAGUUGUGAAAUGGAUUUCCCGUGUUAUGUAGACUGCAUCAUUGCUAAGAGUGGGACUUGACUCGAUCUAAUCGUAUACAGUGGUAUAGGAAACGUCUCACUAACCUAGCGACACAAGAAGAGUUUGCUGUAGCGACUUGUGGAGCUUUUUUACCCCAUACCUUUAUUUAUUAUUAAGAAGAAAUAUAUAUUUUGACAAUGAAUUUCGGUUCGAAGAAGGUGUUUAUGUAUGCUGAGCCCGAGUUUGAGGUGGUUUCAGACGAGGAGUAUGAGCAUGGAAUGAGCGUAAGUGAAUCCGACAGCGAUGAUGAUGAUGAUCUGGCAGAGCACAGAAACAAAGCUGGAGGUGGACCCUCUGGAUCAGAUGCUGUGCCUCCACCCCCACCCACACCAAGUGGAUCUGGACCCCCUCCUCCACCACCCGCCCCUAAGCCACCUAAAACGGGAUUCCUAGCUGGAUUAUUUGGCUCCAAAACCCCAAAGGUACCCAAACCACCAAAACUGAACAUUCAGGCUAAAAAGAAGGUUGGCAAAUGGAGAAAUGCAGACAUGGUCUAUUCUGCAGCACGUGGAGAGAAAACAAGAGAGUCUGCCAAGCAGGGUCAGCGUCAUCGCCGCGCCGACACGAACAUCAUCUCCAUCGAUUUCAGGAAGAUCAUCGCCCCUAGCAACAUGCACACCGGCGACCCGGUCCACUGCACUUCUUGUGAUGUCAUCCUAUCCAGUAUCAGCAAAAUCACCACUGCAGAGGACAAAAAGAUCUGGCAUUGUGAGUUCUGUGGUACAGACAAUGAGCUGGACAUAGAAGAGGAAGAAAUUCCACGCAUCAAUGACGUGACCUUCAUGUUGGAGCCUGCUCCCUCAACUGCGUCAAGCGGACUGACCGGAAAGGAUGAAUCUCUGGUCAUCUUCUGUGUAGACAUUUCAGGAAGCAUGAGUGUCACCUCACAGGUUCCAGGAAGAAUUAACCUUCGCGGGUCGAUGGCACGACACCAGUCCUUGAACACAGAACGAGCCGACCAGUAUCUCCCCCGUCAGCGACGCGACGUGACAUACGUGUCGCGCCUCCAGGCGGUACAGGCCGCUGUGGACCAUCAACUGGAGGAGAUGAUCAAACAACACCCCAACAGGAGGGUAGCUCUCAUCACAUUCAACAAUGAGGUGACUAUUAUUGGGGAUGGUUCGGGGACACCUGUGACAGUGGCGGGAGACAAACUGACCAGUGCUGAUGACCUGAAGGCCAAAGGAUCGGAAAUUCCAAUGCCAGGAGCUAUCCAGGCCUCCAGGGGAACCCUGGGAGACAAGCUGUUUGGACUGGAGGAAGGUGGGACGACUGCACUAGGCCCUGCCCUCCUGAUCGCCACAACGAUGGCCGGACAACAUCCAGGGUCAAAGGUCAUCAUUUGUACUGACGGGAAGGCCAAUGUAGGAGUGGGGCGGCUAGACCUUGAAGAGGAAAUGGAUAAAGAGGCCAUGUUUUACGAGGGAAUUGGAAAUGAGGCGGUGGAAAAAGGUGUGGCUCUAUCUGUCAUCAGCAUCAAAGGGACGGACUGUAAACUGGUUCACCUAGGGAAGAUCGCUGACAUGACUGGUGGUCAGGUAAAUAUCGUGGACCCCCUCAAGCUGACCCAGGAGUUCUCUACAAUUCUUGCAGACCAAAUCAUCGCCACUAACGUAGUAGCCACUUGUCAUCUCCACAAGAGACUAUUUUUCUACUAUGAAGAUACGGAAGACAGUAAGGUCGUCAGGAACAUAGGAAAUGUGACGGCCAGCACGGAAGUGACGUUUGAGUACGGCGUCCGCUGUCAAACCAACAGGAAGAAAGCAAUGAAUGCAACGAUUAAAGAAGAGAAUGAACAGGCAGAGGAAGCGAGUGGGGGUGAGAGGGCCCCUGAGGCUGCGGGGUACAGUAAGGAGGAACCCAUGGAGACGGACCAAGAGGAGCUGAAGGAACUACCCUUCCAGCUGUUGGUCAAGUACACGGACACAGAGGGCGCCACCGCCCUUAGGGUGCUGACCCAGUGCCAGCCCAUCACCUACGACCGGCGGGAGGCUGAGAAAAACAUGGACCUACAGGUGGUUGGAGCUCACACCGCUCAAACGACCUCCUCCCUGGCCCUCAAUGGGAUGUUCACCGAGUCCAGGGCUCGAGCCCUAAUGAAUCAACGCCUCGCCUGGCGAUUUACAAAUGUCUCAGAUGAGGGCAGAGGGCAAAAGAAGGCUUACAAGAAGAUGUUUGGGAAAAUCAAAUCUGUAGAUCAUUACAUCAACCAAAGGCAACAGGAGGAGCGUAAAACACACGGCAGGACGUACAGUGACAGUGAGGGAAGUGACGAUGAGGACAACGAUUUAAGCGCUGCUCCCCAUACCUUAUCUGAGCCGGUCAAAGUAAAGCCAUUCCUACUCAGCAAGUCAAUGAAAAUGAAGAAGAGGUCAGAAGUUUGUUCCGAUUCUGGGGCCAAUCUUUUGUAUCAGAUGAAGAAAGGCAGCAGAGCUCUGGACCGCGACAGUGAUAGUGAUGAGGACUAAGUGAGGUGUUGAGGAUUAAGUGAGGCAACGAGGAUUAAUAUAGGCAAUGAGGAUGAAGUGAGGCAGUAGAUUAAGUGAGGUGAAGAGAAUUAAGUGAUUUUGUAGAUUAUUUAUAAGUGACUGUGGAUUGAGUGAAGUGGUAAGUUAUUAUCAAGUGACUGUGGAUUUACUGAGUUUAUAUGUCACUGAUUAUACAGCAGAUUCAGUCACCCCUGAGAUAGUGGGACUCCACAUGAUAAAUGCGUGACAGUAAUAAGAUAUAGUAGAUGAAGUGAGUCUAGUUAUAUUAGCUCUUAGUCCUACAGGUACAGAGUUUAGUAUUCUGAAAGCAUAAUACAUAACUGUUAUUCCCUUGCAUGGGAAUGAAAUAAUUAAAGCCUACAGUA